UCUCACUCUCGUUCUGCCACGCACUCUUCACCAUGUUCUACAGCCACGAGGUCCUGACCUCACGCAAAUACGGCGUGGCCACUGUCUGGCUCGUUGCAACACUCGGCUCCAAGUCUAAUCUUCGGAAAAUCAACCGCAAGGCCAUUCUCGACGUCGAUGUCCCUAAGGCAUGUCGGACUAUAAUCGACCCCGCGGCGCCCAUGGCUCUGCGCCUUCAAGGGAACUUGUUAUACGGCGUGUCACGUGUGUACUUGCAGCAGUGUGGAUAUGUGCUGUCAGACGCGCAGAAUGCGGAAAAUUCCAUGCGCAUGAUGUUGAAGGUCAUGAAGAAUGCCGGGCUAGACCCAGACGCUGGCAAAGCUAAGCCCGAUCAGCUCGUGCUCCAAGACGAUCCAUCGUUCCUACCUGAAUUCGUGCUCCCUCCUCCAGAACUGCUCGCAGACCUCGACAUUCCUCUCUUCCAGACCCCCCGGUCUGGCGAGUCGCAGUCAUUGACCCCAUUCGGCUCCCAGCAAGCGCAUGCUACCCCAGAAGCUCAAAUCGGUGGCCUUGUCCUUCCUUCUUCAUCUUCUCGCGGUGCGGGUGGACUGGUCCUUGCCGGGGAUGACGGCGAUGGUGCUGGGACUAUGGGCGGUCCAAGUGGCAUAGUAGGGGAAGAAGGCAUCAUGGAACCACUUGAAGAACCCGACUUUGGUUUCGAUGCUGAUGGCAACUAUAUUGAAUUCACUCCGGGUCCGGUCAUUUCGGGUACACCAGCUGUUCCCGGAGCACCCACUGUGCCUAGCGAUGCUGGAGCCAGUGCCCGGGUGAGAAGGGAACAUGAGGAGGGUCAUCGUGCUGGUGCAGAGCUACACGGCGACGAAAUGGAUAUUGACCUGCCCGCGUUCGGCGAUGACCUUUUAGAGAGUGAAGCAUUUCCAACUUCUGCUCCGGUGCAAGUUGAGGAACGCAUCGAACACAUGGAAUCUUCCUCUACGGCUGCAGCACCGAUGCACCGUAAACAACGAACCGCACGUACCCUCCCUGUCGACUCCACUAUGGAGCUUCGGAACAAGGACCUUGCCGACUGGAACACCAAUUACCUGAGGAACAUGGAAGAGGCCUCCCGGAUCAAGAACAAACAAUGGGUGGCCACGCAAGCGAAAAAGAACGCAGAGCACUGGGUCUGGGGUGCCGGCAUUGGAGGCAUUGGAAACCGCCUGGCUGGUGCAACGGGACCAACUCCUUUCGACCGAUUCUACGGUGAUGCACUAUUCGAGCUUAUAACUGGUCACACCCGCAAAGGUCCGGCCGGAAAGAAACACGACCGUGACAGUGGCAUCGAUGAUGAGACCCAAAAUCAAUCACGACGUGUGCGCCACAGGACUGAUGAAGACCAAGAGGAGAUCGGGCAUGUCGAGGACGAAGAAACAAUGUUUGCUCCUGGCGGUGAUGAAGAAGUCGAACUUCCGCGCGAAGCCCCCUCUGCGCUCGAUGACCAGCAGGUCUUUUCUGCAAUGCCAUGGAACAUCAGUGCUUCCAUCCGUGGCUCCUCGGCUAUCCCCCGUAGUGGUCGGGUUGGCCACGGACGCGCAAGCCGCAUGAUCUCUGCAUCCCCUCUCCACGGUCGUGGUCGAUCUAUUCCAGGCGGUCUCGAAGCUCUACGAAAUCUUGAAGGCGAGGACGAAUUCGGCAAUCUCGGCUCUGAUGACUUUGGAUUUGCACCAGCGGGAGCAGGUCCGGAUUCAGAUGAUGUGUCUGGCGAACAGCAACCCAUCCAGACAUCUACCCGUGUUCGUGAAGCGCUCUCUUCUGAAGGCGAGAACUUCCUGACUUUCGUCGCUGAUGCUAUCGUUAUGAAGCGUCAGCGCAUCAGGGCUGGGCUGGAACACAGAUCAGAUAUCUUGCAAGCUGAGGCAGCCACAAACGUCGAUGAGGUGCUCUUCGAGGAAGUGCUUCCGCCGGUCGAGAAUACCAAGAUAGUGGCUGCACAGGGGCUGAUGAUGGUACUUGCGCUGGGCACAAAAGGGCUCCUGCAUGUUCGGCAAAAUGAUGGGUUCGAGGAAAUCGGACUGAGUCUUACGGAUAAGGCUUUGGGAAUGCAAGCGGUUGUGGAGGACGCUCAAGAAGAAUCCGAGGUAGAGGGUGGCGAGGGACACUUCGAAGAGCAACGCGUUGACAGUACUGAGUCUGAAGGCGAGUCUGGUGCAGAGUCGGAGAACGCCGACUCAGAUGACGAUCAAGACAGCCUCUAUGACGGUUAAUCAAAAUGAUGUGCAAGCUGAACUGGGGCAGGUGAGUCUUGCGCUAACCCGCCAGCCCGGCCGUUCAUUCAGCAGAACAGAAGUCUGGCUUUUUCUCUCCUGCUUACAAGGAGAUCACCUACGGAUGAUAACAACUCCUCACCUUUUAACGGACUAAACGUGUGGGAAGUUUCCUUUUUCCAAACCCUUUCUAUUCCCAGGGUCUAACUCAUUCCCUUCCUCCUUUCUUUUUAUUUAUGUUUCGAAAAGCGGGUAUAGAUACAUUUACGGUUUCU